CGUCCAUCUUACAGUAUCAUCCUGCCACCUUUCCAGCAGGGUUACGGCAUAGCAUGUUCCUCGUAUCGACAAGACUGGUGCGCUUACUAUCUGAACGGAUGCGACAUCAGUGACUGCGAGAAUUCGAACAUCAUGAUUGAUGGUUCUAUGUCAUGCUCUUGAAGCAAAUUCAUGGCUUGAAUAAAUACUCCUGCAGGCGGUGCAUCAGAGGCGUGGCGUUGGUUCGAAUUCCAUUGGUAUCUACUCGUCUGGGUCAUCAAGUGGACCCGAGAUCGUUCAAGAGACUAUCUAAUUACAUCACUCAGCAUGGCUGUCCGGUAUCGAUAUGGUUACUAAAUCCAAUACUGUUGUGCUAUGGGCUCGGCCAAAUUCGGCAUUUCCCUUGUUCUGAGCUUACUUUGUUCAACGCUCCUGCCAGUGAAGAGCGCGCCCGCCGUGUGUUUUUCAGCCGAAUUAGCCUUCAAUACAAACUUCUCUCUACAAUGGACGCACUGAAGGAGUUGGCUCUCAGUGGCUCAGGCGACGCUCUUGUUCAGCUGGGAGAAUUUGCCCGCGAUGACUCCACCGUGUUCCCUCAUCUCGUCCAGGUCGUUCGUGUGUUUCUGAAAUACUUGCCGCCACCAGAGAUGAUAGACAAGUUACCUCCUGAAGACCUCUGCAAAUCGUUGGACAGAGCCACAUCUUACUUUCAUGCGCUUAAUGUUGCUCUUCAAUCGCCACAAGCUCUCGACCUUUCCAAAUCAGCGGGACUAGUGAUCACUUGUCCCCAGAUAUAUCUUUGGGCUGUCAAAUUUUUCCACCACUAUUUCAUCGACACCAAUAUCACCAUUUCUACAUCGGCAGUGCUCUCAACUGCGGUUCGCAUCGUGGAGUUCCUCGGUACCCUAGCCACCGACCCUGAUUACUGUGCAAAGAUGCGAGAUACCAAAGGUCUCACUUUUGUCAUGACCGUCUUGUGGAUAUACGGCAUUCGUGCGAAAUAUGGUCGGAUUGAGGCUAUUGUCAGGAUAGCCAUGAUGUGCAUCCUACAGAAACGCACUUCCAAUAGCGAGGUUUCGAACGCUUUUAAUUGGGUUCAGAACCCUAUUGUAGAAGAAGUCUGCGCUCGUAUUGUUGCCAGCGAGCAUGAGCCUGACGCGGACUACGACGGGGGCAUCAUGUUCCUACUCCUCAGCACGGUGCAUUCUCUUCCGUUCACCCGAGCUUUCAUCUCAUGCCACUCUGUGUCGUGGAUCUGUCGACGGAUUGCGGGUAUCGCGGCGAAGAAAGAGGAAACCUGCUCUCCUGAUGAACUGACCGGUUACUCCAGACUGCUUCAAUUCUCGUUAACCUACUUGCGACGAGCGUUUCAGGAGGGUUCUGAUCGAAUAAUCGAAGGGCUGGACGCUGACUUGAUACCGGCACUCUUAAGGGCACAGUCAAAGGUGCACGCCGAGGAUAAGAAGGCGAUUCUUGUUCCGUUGCUGCACUUGAUGACAUCGUACACACUCUAUCGUAACGUACUCGCAAAACUGUGCAAGGUCUUAUAUACGGCCGAUUUAAAACCUGGCAUUUCUGAGGCAGGACCGAUUGGCGAUGCUUGGACCGCACUAAAGGAGACCACGGAGACACGUUGGGGUAUACUCAAGGAUUAUAUGGCUUCCGGGCGUGGACUGACAAAGUGCUCGUACCCCGCUUGUCCGCACCCUGAUAACGGCCCCAAGCGGACGCUCAGACGUUGCGAAGGCUGCCGUUUCGAGUAUUAUUGCUCGAAGGAGUGCCAGAAACUGGACUGGAGCGAUGGUCAUAACGCUCUUUGUCAAAUAAUACAAGAUGAUCUUCAAAGUCAGUUCUUGCUCUCUAUGAAUAACUUCCGGUCGAUGCUUUUAACGAUCAUUCGCAGAUGGUCACCCCAUGCCCAUGUCGAAGCGCGAACGCCAUUUCGCAUAUGCCAUUAUUGAAAGAGACAUCCAGGAUAACGCUCAACUUAUUCAAAAGCAGAAGUCGGAAAAGCCAAGGGGUUUCGUUGUUUUGCUCACUGUCACGGAUUACACACAAGUUCCAAUGAAAUUGUAUGUCCUUACGGACGAAGAGUUCCACACUACUGAAACCGUACCUGCUGGGUGGAACACUGCUUUGGCGCUCGCGAAGGAAGACGGAAAGGAUUUAUUUCUUUUGAAAAUUCCACUAGGAGCAAAGGCGCAACCGUUGCUGAAGACAUAUCCAUUUGAUUUCAACGCGGAGAUGUAAAGGUGUUAAAUUGGUGAUGCAUUAUAAACAGAGUCUACUAUUUAGCAUUCUUGUCCGUUGAUAGCUUCUAUUGUA